AUGCAGCACACUGCAGGUGGCGUCAUUAAGAUGUCGGGCGGUUUAUUGUCUUUCGACAGCCGGGUUCGGACACUCCUAUGGGACAAGACAGUUUUGUGUGUUGAUCUGUGCCACAGCUCCCAGGUUUGCACAAUGUCUCCUCCGGUCCGCGUCAUCGUGGUUGGAGCUGGGUGUCGUGGGGAAAUCUAUGCCCACUUUGCAUCCAUCCAUCCAAAAAGAAUGCAGGUCGUCGCUGUGGCUGAUCCAAGAAAGUUUGCCCGCAACAAGCUACAGCAAAAACACAAAAUUGACUGUGAAAAUGUAUUUGAAGACUGGCAGAGUAUAGUUGAAAAGGAGAAAUUUGCAGACGCCGUGGUCAUUUGCACCCCAGACCGCCUUCACAGGGAUCCCGCUGUGGCCUUUGCAAAAAGGGGCUACCAUGUUCUUCUGGAGAAACCAAUGGCAACAACUGCUGAGGACUGCAGGGCUAUCGUGGAGGCUUGCACUCAGAGUGGUGUGAUGCUGUCUGUGGGUCAUGUUCUCCGCUACGAUCCAGUCAUCCACAAGAUAAAGGAGCUGAUUGAUGCCGGUGCCAUCGGUGAUGUCAUCCAUAUUCAGCAUCUUGAGCCGGUGGGGUAUUAUCACUUUGCUCACUCAUUUGUUCGUGGGAAUUGGAGGAAUGAAGAAGAGAGCUCUUUUGCUCUUCUGGCCAAAUCGUGUCACGACAUCGACCUAAUACAUCACUGGGCCGGAGGACGCAGGUGUGUAAAAGUGUCUUCAUUCGGAUCCGUCAGCCACUUUUUAAAAGAAAAGAAGCCAAAAGGUGCCGCAGAUCGCUGUCUUGACUGCUCAGUUGAAAAAGACUGUCCAUACUCGGCAUGCAAAAUCUACCUGGAUGCUGUGAAAAGGGGAAACACUGGUUGGCCAGUUUCGGUCAUAUGCCCGAACUCAUUCCCAGACGUUGAGUCAGUAACUGGAGCACUUAAGUCUGGGCCGUAUGGGCGCUGUGUCUACGAGUGUGACAACGACGUCUGCAGUAACCAGGUUGUAAAUAUGGAGUUUGAAGGAGGAUUGACCGCCGCCUUUUCUAUGGUGGCAUUUACUGAGGAGAUCUGCAAGCGAAAAACAACCAUCUAUGGAAGCACGGGGGAGCUGUCGUAUGACGGCCAUGAGAUACGUGUGUUUGACUUCCUGACUCAGAGAUCCACAAAGCACACCGGAAGUAGUGACGCUCCCAGCCAUUUUGGCAUGAGUGGACACGGUGGGGCGGACUACCACCUGAUGGAUGCCUUUAUUUCUGCUGUGGCCAACAACGAUCCGUCCAUGAUUCGAUCCGGUCCUGAGGAGACACUGAUGAGCCAUUUGCUUGUGUUUGAGGCUGAGCGAUCGAGAGUGGAGGGCAGGGUGGUGCACUGUGGCAGCUGUAGCCAGAGCUAG